AUGGCUCCAGGACUCUUUUGCGUUUGGUCGGAACCCGACCCUGAUACUUUCGUGGAAGUCAACACGGAGGACAAGACUUUCAGCGAUGCGAUCUCCAAACUGCCCGGUGUCACGCUCGGUACGCAAGUCAAGCUCAUGAAACGACAAGUGAAUGAAUACCCAUUCAGUCACGAGAUUCCUUUCUUGACUAUGUACGACCUGGAAGACGUGGAUUACCGGAACGAUGAAGCCUUCAAAGAAGCAGCAAAGGCAGCCGAAAGCCGAGGAGAGAAGGCUUGCAAGCCCCGCAUCUACGAGGAGUUCUAUCGACGAGAGGUGGAAGUACAUCCGCGCCUAGGCGACAACAUUAGCAUAGUGACUUGCGAGGCACCUCCACCGGCGCAGAAGGAAGGGUUCUGGAAAUGGCAGAAAGAGGUCUUUACACCAAGCUUCUUGGAAGGGCCUACUUUUCUGCGCGCCAGGAUCCUCAAAGAAGUAGGAGGAGAAGCAAGAACGGAACGAGUAAUGCCAUCUGCACCAUACCUGUGGAUCUUUGAAUGGGAAGACGACGAAUUACCCUGGAUCGAGUUGACGGGCGCUGCGCAAUCAGCAGAAUGGGUCAAGUACAUUGAGGGAGGUGUGAUUUUCCAAGGCAUGUGUUAUUAUGCGAAGAGGUACACCGAGAGGUUUGAGAUGACAUUGAGCCCUGGGAAUACGGAUUACGAGAACGACGGAAACUCAAGUAUAGACUCUCGCAGCAUCAUCAGCUUUGACGGGGAUGAGACGAUUGAGAAAUAG